AUGGUGAAUAAGGUCUAUAAGUGUUGUCCCUUAGAGUAUGAGUUUUUGGAAGACCUUAUUGAGGUACCUUUCCACGAGUUUAAAGUGAUCUUAGGAAUGGAUUGGUUGUCACGUUACCAAGUUAUGGUGGAUUGCCGUUUAAAGAGAAUCACAUUGAGGACUUCUGAUAAUGAGGAGAUCACUAUUGUGGGUGAAAGGAUGGAUUAUCUGUCUAAUGUUAUAUCAGCCACUACUGUAAGAAGAUUGAUAAAAAUGGGUUGUAAAGCCUACUUGACACAUGUGGUUGAUAUUAGGAAGGCUAGGCCUGACCUUCAUGACAUACCCAUUGUAUGUGAUUUUCCAAAUGUUUUCCCUGAAAAGUUGCCUAAUUUGCCAUCAGAGAGGGAAGUGGAGUUUGCUAUAGAGGUUAUACCUGAAGCACUCUCUCAAAUGCCAUCUUACGCCAAGUUCUGCAAAGACAUUUUAUCAAAGAAAAGAAGGCUGGAGGACUAUGAGACUGUUGCUCUUACAGAGGAAUGCAGUGCCAUAUUACAGAAUAAGCUACCACCAAAACUCAAGGAUCCAGGAAGCUUCUUCAUACCUUGUCUUAUCGGUAACAUGAAUAUAAACAAAGCCCUCUGUGAUCUAGGUGUAAGUGUGAGUUUGGUGCCUUUGUCAAUAUGUAAGAAGCUUGAUGUGGGGGAACUUAAGCCUACAAUAAUUUCAUUACAACUGGUUGAUCGAUCUGUGAAAUACACUGUGGGCAUUCUAGAAAACAUCUCUAUUAAGGUAGGAGAUGAAGAAGUGGAGUUCAACCUGUUCAGUGCAAUGAAACAUAAACUUGAACCUGAUGAAUGCUUCAAGGUUGAUAUAAUUGACAAGCAAGUUGGAGAGGAAUUCAGUAAAGCACACCCUGAAGAUCCUCUAGGAGCAUCCAUCGUGCACAGCCACAUAGUAGAGAAGGAGAAUAUGAAAAUAGCAGCUUGUGCACAAUCCUUAACAGCUAAUCCAUCCCCACUAUUGGCUCAAGUUUUCGCUAUAGAAGAGUUGAAGGAGGAACAGCCCAAAAGCAAGCUUCAGGAAAACACCAAACAGGUAGAAAUGAAACCUCUUCCCUCUAAGCUAAGGUACGCAUUCUUGAACUCAAAUUUUGAAUAUCUUUCAUUAUCAAUGCCAGUCUAUCUAAAAUAA